AUGCGGAAGGUGGUUUUGGUCACGGGGGCGAGCAGUGGCAUCGGUCUAGCCCUCUGCAAGAGGUUACUAGCAGAAGACGAUGUGCUUCACCUGUGUUUGGCGUGCAGGAACAUGAGCAAAGCUGAAGCCGUCCAAGCUGAUCUGCUGACCUCUCACCCCACAGCCGAGGUCACCAUUGUGCAGGUAGAUGUUAGCAACCUGCAGUCCGUGUUCCGGGCCUCCAAGGAGCUCAAACAAAGGUUUCAGAGAUUAGACUAUGUGUAUCUAAAUGCUGGAAUCAUGCCUAAUCCACAGCUGAAUAUCAGAGCACUUUUGUCUGGUGUCUUUUCAAGAAAAGUGGUUCAUGUGUUCUCCACAGCUGAAGGACUGCUGACCCAGGAAGACAAGGUCACUGCCGAUGGGCUUCAGGAAGUGUUUGCAACCAAUGUCUUUGGCCACUUUAUCCUGUUUCGGGAACUAGAAUCUCUCCUCUGUCACAGUGACCAUCCAUCUAGACUCAUCUGGACGUCAUCUCGCAAUGCAAAGAAGUCUAACUUCACCCUUGAAGACUUCCAGCAUAGCAAAGGCCAUGAACCAUACAGCUCUUCUAAAUAUGCCACUGACCUCUUGAGUGUGGCUUUGAACAGAAACUUCAACCAUCAGGGUCUGUAUUCCAGUGUUGUGUGCCCAGGUACAGUGUUAACCAAUUUGACAUAUGGAAUUCUACCCCCCUUUGUAUGGACACUGCUGGUACCAUUCAUAUGGCUGUUUCGCUUUUUUGCAAAUGCUUUCACUUUGACAUCAUACAAUGGAACAGAAGCACUGGUAUGGCUUUUCCACCAAAAGCCUGAGUCUCUCAAUCCUCUAACCAAAUAUAUGAGUGCCACUACUGGCUUUGGAAACAAUUAUGUAAUACACCAAAAGAUGGACCUAGAUGAAGACAGUGCUGAAAAAUUUUACCAAAGCUUGCUGGAACUGGAAAAGCAUGUUAAAACCACUGUUCAAAAACCAGAUAAUUAG